AUGGCAAUAUGUUCUCAGAAUCUUGAAGUGCCUUCACCCGAGCUUGUCUGUCAAGUAUGUGGAUUACCUGGUCAUGGUCCACACUUUGGAGUUGUCACCUGUAGACCCUGUGCUGCGUUUUUUAGAAGAUGUGUAGUGCUUGAUCUGAAAUACAACUGUUUGAAGAAUAAGAGCAAAUGUGUCUUGGACAAAAUUCGAAGAACUGCUUGUCGUGACUGCAGAUUCAAAAAAUGUGUAAAAGUUGGGAUGACGGCGAAUAAUGUUCAGUAUUAUCGAGAUAUUCACCCUGCAGAUGGUCCAGAAAAGAAUAAAGAUUAUUAUGAGACUCUUUCAAGUAAAAGUUCGGUGACAACAGAGAACCAAUUAUACCGAAAAUCGAUUUUAUGUGAUAUCAAUUUCGAUAGCAUUCAAGAUGAAGUGCUUAAAGUAUUUCAGUCGAAUAUGCCUCCCCUUGAAAGCGGAUUCUUAGCUUCACUGAGCCCACUCCAGAAGUUUACAGAAGGCCUCCACCUGAUUCGAACCACUCAAAGAACAACAGCUAUCCAGUUUAAAAAUCGAUUUCACAAAGGAAUUGCAACUCAUAAUUGGAAGAGACAAGCUAGGAAUGUAGCAGUUUUGAUGAUGCAUUCCGUCGCGUUUCGGAAUCUAAACCUAGAAGAGAAGCAGCAAAAGUUUAGGAUGUAUUGGAAAAGUGUCUACAGGUUGGAAAGGAUUCAGAUGUCUGUGCAGGUUUUUGGAGAGGAGUGUGUCAGGAAGAAGUUACUGGUUGUGAGCCACGAUAGAGCUAUCCAACUAAGCCGCUUGUCUCUAGUUUUCGACGGGAACACGGAAGAUACAGUGGAGUUAGCAUUACGAAGCUACAAAACACAUGCUGAACGAUGUAUAGAAGAUGUAGCAAGGCCAUUGAGCCAGUUGAAAUUAAGUUCCAAAGAAACGGCGUUUUUAAUACUGAAUUUUGUGAUGCAGAUAGAAUCCGAGAAUAACGAGGAUUUUCUGGAUGAUAUAUCGAAUGAUCUUCAUGAAUACUACCAGGAGAAAGGGAUAGUGUGCUAUGCAGAAAGGAUCUUAAAAAUUAUGAAAAUUGUGUUUGCAAUGAUACGGAUACAUUAUGAUGAUCUCAGUGGAAGCUUUAUGAAAAAUAAUUAA